AUGACCUAUCUGCGCCCAACCCUCAAACACCUUCCACGCAUCCUCCGACCUACAUCUGUCCGCGCACAUUCCACCUCUGUCUCCGAAAAUGAGCUCUCUCAUUUCUCUUCCCUUGCCAGCAGCUGGUGGGAUCCAAUGGGUCCCUCGCGCAUCCUACAUCUCAUGAACCCCCUACGCCAUGAAUUUAUCUCCUCCUGUCUUGUCGAAGGCCCACCCUCCCCGUCCUCCUCUCAACCAAAUAACCUCCGAUACCUCGACGUAGGAUGUGGCGGCGGUAUCUUUGCGGAAUCCCUCGCACGAACCAUCCCCUCUCCAUCAUCAUCGUCAUCAUCAUCAUCUGUGCCGUCUUCCCUCGCAACACCCACCCGUGCCGCAUCAAUCACAGCCAUUGAUCCCACGCCGACCCUCAUCCAGAUCGCGCGGGAGCACGCGCGCACCGACCCCGCCAUCGCGGCGCAUCUCUCCAGCGGACGGUUCAAAUACCAGAACUGCACGCUCGAGGAUAUGGUGCGCAGUGCCAGCAUGAGCAUGCAGGAGAAGGAGAUGAAGAAGGAAUCUUUCACAUCCAGCGCGGCAGGAGGAACAGGACAUCCUACCUUACCUGAGUCUGAAUCUCAAUUCGACGUCGUCACGCUUUUCGAAGUCCUCGAACACAUCGAUACCAACGCUUCUUCGGCACCGUUGAAAUUCCUCGCCGAUUGUCUCCGACUUCUCCGUCCUGGCGGAUGGCUUGUCGGAUCGACUAUCUCGCGCAGUUUUCCCUCUUUCGUGAUCAAUCAGGUUAUUGCCGAAGCGCCGUGGCCGAUCGGGGUUGUUCCGCGUGGGACACACGACUGGGUGAAGUUUGUGAAUCCAGAUGAGUUGCUUGCGUGGCUGCAAGAAGGACUGGUGAGGAGUGCAGAUGCGACGGAUAAGGAUGUCUGUCGUGAGAUGCAGUGGAAGUGUUCCGGGGUGAUGUAUUUUCCUGGGCUGGGUUGGAAGCUGGUUGGGGGGUCGGAGGAUUGGGGGAAUUAUUUCUGGGCUGUGAGGAAGGGGGAAUGA